AUGUCGUCGGUAAAGGCCACCAAGAAGAGCGCUUUCUCGUGUGAGCCGUGUCGUAGACGCAAGGUCAAGUGUGGCGGCGAACAACCCAUCUGCAAUCGCUGUGCUGCAAGAACCGAUGAGUGUAUUUAUAAACUAAACCCGACUCUGUCUUACACCCAACGUCUUGAGGAGCGCAUCAAAGAACUCGAGGACCAACUCGCUGCCAUCAAGUCCCCUCCCUCAGUUGCGGCUUCAAAUCAUUCGAGCCCGGGUGUCUGGAACGGCCAUGAUUUAAACCGCCAUUUUGAUGAGCAUGCCAUGUCUAGGAGCUUCAUGGGUCUUAAGAUCGACGACAAGGGUGGCAUUACCUAUCAUGGCCCUACUAGUCUUUUCAACCUUCCCAGUGACCCUCACAAGCACAAGCCUGACUCAAUAUCCUCCAUCGACUCAGAUGCUCACAGGAGGGAGCGCUUGGUUAACAAUGCAUGGCAUCAGAGAGCAAUGGAGAAUUUGUCCGACAUUCCAGAACCAUUUCAAUAUCUUCUGAAUGUGCACUGGUGCUGGAUCCAACCCCUGUUCAACUUCAUCUACAGGCCAGCAUUCACUCGCGACAUGCAAUCCAUGGGACCUUACUACUCCCACACGCUCCUUAAUGCCAUGCUUUCACACUCUAUCCGCUGGGGGAAAAGCGACCCUUCAACAAAGCAACUACUGGAUCAGUCCUACGAUGGUGGAGCUGUCUUUGCAAAACAUGCUAGAAGCAUGCUCUUUGACGAGCUCAGCAGAGGUGUCUGUACCAUUCCAACUGUCCAGACGUUACUCCUUCUCAGCGCAGGUGAAUGCGGUCACGGAAACACCGCCCAAGCCUGGAUAUACAGUGGUAUAGCUUUUCGUCUUAUCGACCAUCUGGGUAUUUGUGUCGACGGGCAGAGAUAUCCAGGAUCUGUCCAUCUGACCGACGAGGAGGUUGAGAUUCGGCAUCGGCUCUACUGGAGUUGUUAUUUCUGGGAUAAGAUCAUCAGUUUAUACCUCGGCCGUUCGCCAUCUUUGCAACAUACACUUGUAUCACCACCACAAAUUAUCAUGGAUGACUCUGCCGAAAAUGAGCUAUGGGUUCCCUUCGACUCUCCUCAGGGAUCGGAUUGGAAGUACCCCCCUGCCACUGCUCACUCUACAUCUUGUUUUAUGAGCGCUUGCCAACUGUCCGUCAUUUUCAACGAAAUCCUCAUCCACAUGUAUGAUCCAUUGUUGGAAAAUACAGAGGCGGAGAUGCAAGAGUGUUUACAGACUCAAGACCCUGCUAUGAAAUUAUGGUGGGAGCAGCUCCCGCCUUACCUCAGGAUCGAGCUCUCCGCCAUGCCCGACUUAGCACCACCAUCUCAUAUCGUUACCAUGAAUGCUUUGUACCAUACCUUCAGAAUUCUCUUGUUCAGACCCAUGCUCUCUUGGCAGGUAUACCCAGAAGACGAGGGCCCUCAUCCAAUGCAGAAUCAUCUGGUCGAAUGCGUCACAUCAGCAACAUCCAUCAUCGCCAUUUUCGAUCUUUUCUGCAGAACAUUUUCCAUAAACCACUGCGUUCUGUCCCUUUCGUAUAGUGUGUAUAUCGCAGCAUCCAUAUUUCUCUUGCAGGUGCAAGCUACCCCCGAGGACCAACAAGCUGUUCGCAAACUGAACUUCUGCGUACGAGCCUUGCACCAAGCCAAGAGUGUCAAUCCAGUGAUUUCGAGUGCUCUGGAUUUGAUCACCAAAGAAAUGACCAACCUGGGGCUUAGUCCAGGUUUCAGCACCCAACCCCAACAACAGCAACAGCCUGCACCGCAGCCAAUGCCUGAUAUCUCAAUGACUUCAGAGAUUCCACUCUCCGAGACAAUAUACCCGCCUACUUUCGAUAUACCCACACAGCAAUCUCCUUACGAGCCCGAGCAGCUGUUCCAAACGCCAUGGGCAGAUGACAUGAAUCCUAAUGCAAUGGCGGUCGACCGUGGAGUUUUUGAGGCCUUGUCGUCAUUUGAGCCACUCAGUGUGCGGGUGGGUGCUAUUUACGAGUCGGGAAAUAACUCCCAGAACUUUGGUUAG